UGUUACGGGUCAAACAAUACCCUCCCCUGUCCGGAUGUUAACUGUCAGUACUGUCACGUAGAGACGGGCACCUGUCAGCGAUGUAGACCUGGAUAUCAAUGUUACCGAUGUGAACUAGCCCGAUCAGGCCAGAUUUCCACUGGUUUUAUUAUACAUGUAGGGAUCUCUGUGGCCAGCGCUUUCUUACUAGGGAUGACAGGAUUAAUAUUAUUCAUUUGGCGUAGGAAUAAAAAAAGAUUAAAUACCCAAGGACCAAAUUAUGCUAGACCACACACCUCUAGAUUUGAGCCGGUUAGCAUAGAAAUGAAUCAACCAUUGGCGGUUAGAGGGACAGCAGACGGUUACGAAACUAUCGACAAAUCUAAGACAACAGACCAUUUAUUAAAAAAGAAGAAAACAAAUAACGAACAGGCAACAGACAACACAUUCCUAAAUAAAUACAGAACAAGAGGCAAUGGAACAUCUGAAGGUUACGAAAAUAUCGGCCAAUCAAAGAACAAAGAACAAUCAAAGAACAAAGACCAUUUAAUGAAAAAGAAAAAGAAAAACUACGAACUAGCAACAGAUGACACACUCCUAAAUGAAUACAAAACAAGAGGCAAUGGAACAUCUGAAGGUAACGAAAAUAUCGGCCAAUCAAAGAACAAAGACCAUUUAAUGAAAAAGAAAAAGAACAACUACGAACAAGCAACAGAUGACACAUUCCUAAAUGAAUACAAAACAAGAGGCAAUGUAACAUCUGAAGGUUACAAAAUUAUCGACACAUCAAAAAACAAAGACAAUUUAAUGAAAAAGAAAAACUACGAACAAGCAACAGAUGACACAUUCCUUAAUGAAUACAGAACCGUAGGUAAGGAAAAUCAAGAUUGGCCACAUGUCCCUCAGAAUAGGACAGCGGAUUUUGAGGAAGCGUUAUAAACCAAUGCUAGACAUGGUCCAGAUGAAAUCACAACAAUCACCUUUGCUUAAAUAGAGCAAAAAAAAAAGAUUAUCAGAGAUACUAGUUCAUUUUAUAUACAAAAUGCAUCGUUUUCAGUUGAAUACCUGGAAACUGAUAAUGUAAAUAGAAAAGGUGACAAAACAAGAGAAUACCCAUAUGUAAUGUGUAACAAAGAUUUUUUGUUAUUAGCAAUUAAUAUUUGUGGUCUAAUGACUUUUGUAUAUAGUGUUUCUAAUAAGAGAAAAACAAGUCAUCAUUAUAAAAAAAUAAUAUUUUCAUGUAUUUAGUAUAGUCCAUGCCAUCGAUCUGUAAUUAAGGGGUUGUAAGGGUUUUUCUAUCUUUCGUAUCGUAUUAAGGUCUUUCGUUUCCAACCUGAUUGUUAUUCUUCGGUUUCUUUUUCCCUAAUAUUAUUUUUUUUCUAAUGAUUUUUGUGCAUGCGAUUACUCGUAGGUUACUGUGUAGGUAGGAGAAUGAUGAGGCAUAAAUGCAAUUUAUAAUUAUAAAUGGUUUUAUGCAGCCGAAUGUACUUUUAAUCUGUACCGAUAUAAACAACAUCAUUUUAACAUGCACAGCUUCCCCCAUGGGGAGCCCCUCAGUUUUAAUGCUGAAUUUGAAGCAAUCUGAUUUGCUGAAAGAUGGCGUCACUUUUGUUCUAUCAGUCCACAAAUUGUACAGUCUGUGUUUUGUCGAAUUUCCCUCCCACCUCCCUUAUUCACUGUAUGCCCCGCCUUUAUCAUGUAAAUAAACUUGCCAUUGUUAACUUAUCUAUUGUAUUUGAACGGCCUAUUCCCCAACUUUCUGCCAUCAGUUUGUGUUAUAAAUAGAUUACUUCUGUGUUUGAAUGCAUAGUUUACCUUGUAUAAUAUUCUGCUCUACAAAUUAUAUAUGUUGUAGUUGGUUUUAACAUAUGUUUCAGUAUUUUGAUUUUUGUUCUACCUGAAUUAUUGGUAUGUACUAGAGAUGAUGUACAUCAAUGUUUAUAUGUUUUGAUCAGGAUUUAAUCAUAUUCUGAUCAAUAA